UUGAAAAGAAAAUCAAGCGAUACAACAGGAGGUCGAGGAAUCAUUGCAUCAAACGGUCAACCUUGGCUGGAACAACGACGCUUUGCCUUGCAUACCCUUCGUAACUUUGGUUUGGGCAAAAACAUCAUUGAGGAGCGAAUCAUGUAUGAAUUUGAGAUAACCUGUGAAGACUUGGACAAACGGCUCACAGCAGGAGAAGUUUCUAUUAAUCCCGAAAAAAUGUUUGAUCUACUCAUUGGCAACAUUAUUCACAGGAUGCUAUUCACAGAUCGAUUCGGAAAGAUAACCUGUCUUCACUUUGCAGGCCACAGCACUGUUUCCCUCCUUUUCUAUCUCUCCCUAGCCUCAUCCGCGAUGUUGGCAUUGAAGCGCGGCGGCGACGCUCGCGUGGUCCGGAUCCAUUACUCGUUACCAGCUGAAAAUUCAGCUGCUCCAUCCGUGCAACGAAUACGUCAGCCCACCUGGUCGGUCCCCCGAGGACGUUUUGCAUCGCGAUAG